AUGCGCUACGCCUCCAAAACCCUCAAGCACAAGAAAGGGUUUUACCACCGAAAAUACAGACCCCGUCUGUGCUCCUCGGUGUUUGAUCUUCCUUUAAACCAGCCUUCUUCACCACUAUCUCCAGGAAGUGACGAAUCUGUCAUUGACGAGAUAUUCAGUGCUUUUGCCGCAAGUAGCCCUUAUGUGAUUGAAUCUCUUGAAUCAGUGGAGCCAGAUCGGUCUAGGGUCUCCACUGCCGAUACACUUCCUACGGUCCCAGAAGGUACCCCAGUGCUUGUUCACAAACCCACGGAACUAGAACCGUUUCCCCGAGAACCUAUAAAGCUGACCCCGGUUAAGGUCUCAAGAAUACCCACAAAACCGAGAAUUACCACCUUGGACCGCUGGCACUUAAGAGAACUAGAGCGUAUCUACUACCUGAACAAUGUGUGGAAGUACCAUAGAAUCAAGGCGGUCAGAUUCGGCUGGAGGGCAAUGAGGGCAAGAGUGAAGGCACUUUUGGGAUACCGGGCUGAAGUUGAAGUGAAGCUUCCUGUGAGAUCUGUUAAAUCACCGAAUGUGGAAUGUUUGUUGUGGGAUGGAUCGUCAGAGGAGAGUAUCAGCUGCUCUGAGGUGUUACCAAGGAUCAGAGGGAGGCGUCUGAAACAAAAAAUUGAGUUUGAAAAGAAAGUUGUUCAAAGUGAAACUGUACCAAAUUCUCAGAGAAAAGGUUCCGGCAAUUGUGAUGAGCAUUCCUUGAGACUGGCACCAGAGAAGGUGAAACCCAAAAGUAGUCCCAGAGAUGAUGAUUCUAACAACCAUCCAGGAGAAAAGCGAAAACCGCCGGUGCCAGGCUCUCGAGACUCUUCGUGGCAAUUGGUGAAAAAGCCCAUCAAUUUGAAACCACAGAAGUGGGACAAGUCUACAACAGAGAGAUUCAACAACAUGAUCCUACAAGAGCACUACGGCAACCUCAUCAAGAGCUUCAUGAGCUGUCAGAAAAGAGUCACCUUAUCGAAAGACUUCCUCCUCGAAUUGAACUUUUCAGGGUCUCAAGGGUUCAGCGGGUUUCAGAAUGCCGUUAGUAUGGCCCUCAAAGCACGGUCGGCAGUAGACGAGUUGGAGGGUGGGUUUAGGAAGAUGAUACCGUUGGGAAUCAAGUCAGCGGAAUUUAGUAAGUGCUUGGGUAUCAAGCUUCCAGAGUUAGAUCACCAUUGGGCAUGGCUGCGAAAUGAGGGUUCCUCAAACAUUGAAACGAAAAUGCAUCUCGAUACGCAAGGCCACUUGCUGGUGAACUUACUUCUUGAUGACAAGAAUGAGAAGAAGGGCGUUUCUGAGUCUACUUCAAAUCCUGGGCCUGAUUCCAUACCGAGAUCGAGAGGCCUGGAUAAUCCAUCACACUCUAGGUUUGCCGGCGCUGAAAGUCUUUGCACCACUGCAGACGACUUGAUACGGGCUGCUCGAGAUAUACUUGGUUAA